GAGGAUGUCUUUGUUUAUUUUCUGUAACACGCGAUUUAAAUUCGCGCCUUUCGUGAAUACACUAUUGCAUUACGAUUUCCGGUGACGACGUGUAGUGAAUAUCGGAUUCUAAAGUCUCUUCUCUUUUCCGGUUCUUUUGGAACGUAUAUCAUAUUUGUGCAAAAUGGCUAAACGCACGAAGAAGGUUGGAAUCACUGGUAAAUAUGGUACUCGAUAUGGUGCCUCUCUCAGAAAGAUGGUUAAGAAAAUGGAAAUUACCCAACACAGCAAAUACACCUGCACCUUCUGUGGCAAGGAUGCUAUGAAACGGAGUGUAGUGGGUAUCUGGUCCUGCAAACGUUGCAAGAGGACUGUUGCUGGAGGUGCAUGGGUAUAUUCAACAACAGCUGCUGCUUCUGUCAGAUCUGCUGUCAGGAGGUUACGUGAAGUUAAAGAACAGUAAAUAAAUAUACAUCUCCAACAGCUACGUUUCGGGCUCCUAUGAACAGAAGGAACAAUUGAAUAAUAAUAAUAAUAUUUGAUUAAUAUUUACAAACUUUAUAAUGCGAUAGUGUGCUUAUACAUAUAACUGUUCACUGAAAGACGAAUGUGUGUUAAAAGUAUGUGCCAAAAUAAAGACAUUGCCAUGUGUGCUGUACUGAUGCUAUAUGCUUGCUAUUGGAAAUAAUUGUGCUAUCAUACAUUGACCUUUCUUAACAUGUUAAAUUUGAAAAAGUAAGUCUGUACCUCUUUCAAGAUAAAAUGUAAGGAAACUUUAGAUUGAAUAGAGUAAUAUCUUCACUGUG